AUGGUGCUGUUCACCACUAAGUUUGUCCAGAGAGCUUCGCUCUUUGUGUCCUUCGGAGGUUUAGUCACAACCUUUAUUACAACAUUCCUGCCACUAUGGAAGACGAUGAACUCGGAUCUGAAUGAGAUGGAGAACUGGUACGAGGGUCUCUGGCACAUGUGCAUCUACACAGAGGAAGUAGGCAUUCACUGCAAAGCCUUCGAGUCUUUUUUAGCCCUUCCGCUGGACACUUUAGCUUCCCGGGUCCUCAUGUGCAUUUCCAUCGCGACGGGAUUCCUCGGUGUGGGGGCUGCUUUUUUCGGACUCCAAGGUGUUGAGAUCGGCGCCGGGCGGGAGAGGAUGAAGAGGACGCUGCUCAUCCUCGGAGGGGUGUUUAUCCUUGUGUCGGGGAUCACGACCCUAGCACCUGUUUCACUAAUGGCGUACAUAAUGGUAGUGAAGUUCUGGGAUGAGAAUCUUCCGGAUGUGAUGCCCAGAUGGGAGUAUGGAGAGGCCAUGUUUUCUGCCUGGUUUGCCGGACUUCUGUUAGUGGUUGGAGGGGCUUUUCUUUUUGUUGCCGUAUGCAUGGGCGAUCAUGAAGCAAAGCUGCAAAGUAAAAUUCUCGCUCGCAAUCAAGAACAACGCCCGAGAACUCAGUAUUACAGAAAGACAGAAAUCAUAUAG